AUGCCAGUUCUGGAAGGGACCCAUCUACUGGAAUCCGAAGCCGAUGUUUUGCGGCUUACCACGCUACAGCUGCUCCAUCCCGUCAAUAUCGCCCUGGAUCAGAUACGUCCACCGAAAACUCACAUCUUUUGCCGCACAGAAUCAUCCAUCGGCAAUACGAGCCGCUUUGAUGUGGAGUGGUCCCUUCGCGGCGCCAAUGGCACUCGUCUUUGUCGGCUUGCUAUUCUAGAGGUCAAAAAUACCAACGUUAUACACAAAGAUGACUUCAAGUCCGCCGCAGCAUCAGACGAGAAAGACUUUCAGUCGAAAAUGUACCGUGCAGUGAGCUUGAAACAAUCGACCUUUCUUCGGGAAAACGGCGUUUGGCUUUCCAAGCAAGCCCGAAAGUAUUCGAAAAGUUGUCCCUGUGUGGCAGUAUUCAAUUGGAAUGCGAUGUUCAUUUUCAGCUUUAUACGACAAGCACAAGUUCCGGUGCGUGGAAUUUACUUUGAUGAAACUGGGCGCACUGGGGACAUGACAUUCCGCUGA